GUCUACUGCCCCCACAAAUUACGUGCUCUUGCCCAGGGAAUCCCUCUUUCUGAGCUCCUUUUUGAAUGGGGUGGGGGCAAAACAGGUUAAUGGAAAAAAUACAUGGAGAUAUCUGAAUGUGAAGAUGGAGGGGAGAGGUUCAAGAAGGCAUGUGGAAAGAAAGAUAAGGUGAGCAUUGGCAGAGGGAGGAGAUUAAGAGACUUUGGUGACUCAGGGUUUUGGAAGGAGCACGGAAGAGUAAGAUCUAAAGAAAGACAGAAGCCCCGUGACAAGACUCCUUGGACAUCCAGGUUUGAUUACUUGUGUGAUGCGCAUACCUGCCUGGGCACUGGGACAAAGAGGGGAGUAAUCACGAGAAGACACCAUGGCAUCUAAAGAUCAAUCCGACUAUGACAUGGAUAUAGAGAAAGCACUGGAACAAGUGGACUUUAGUGAUUCAGAAGCAACUCCGUACACUGAGAGCCAAAGCGAUGGUGAGCAGAAGAGGAGAUCUACUCUGUACAAAUUCCUUAGACAAUCUGCAUUUUGGGAGAUUCGGGGAUCAUAUAAUCUGAACAGGAGGAGGCGAAUGAAAGAUAAAAGGCAGGGUGGACAAUAUCGUGUAAAGCAAAAGCCAUUUGAAGAAGAAGAAGAGGCGUCUGCACCAGAUUUCCCUCCUUUGGCUCCAGCCUUUAUCCCACCUAGACACAGAACAGACGAGGUCUACAUAGAGCUGCAUGAGUUGACAAUGGAUGCCCACAAUGAGAUGCGUUGGGUAGAGGCUGCUCGUUGGUUGAAGGUGGAGGAGGAUUACCAGGAUGAUAUUAGGCAAUGGGGUAAACCUCAGAUCUCCUAUCUCACCUUUCACAGUCUUUUGGAGGUACAUCGUGCAUUCCAGAAAGGAACGGUGCUUCUGGAUCUUGCUGAGAAGACACUUCCUGGUAUAUCCAGCCAAGUCAUUGACCAGAUGAUUUAUGAAGACCGUCUAAAGCCCCAAAACAGAGAUGAGGUCCUAAGAGCCCUUCUUCUACAACACAGCCGUCCUGAUGAAGAAAUUAUAAAAGUGGGGGACCCAGAAAGUGGGCAACCUCUGCUACAUUCAUUGGAGAUGAAAACUAUGCCUGAACAGGAACAGAAGAAAAGUCCGCUGGCUGAACGUGUGCCAGAAAAUGCAGAAGCCUCCAUUGUUCUGGUGGGAUGUGUCUCUUUCUUGGAACAACCAACUCUUGCCUUUGUGCGCCUAAAAGAAGCAGUUUACUUAGACACUGUCCUGGAGGUUCCUCUACCCAUUAGGUUUCUGUUUGUCCUACUGGGCCCUGACAACUCAAAUAUCAGCUACCAUGAAGUAGGAAGGGCAGUGUCCAGUAUGAUGGCUGAGAGGGUGUUCCGCAAUGAAAUGUAUCUUGCUGAAGGGCGUCAGGACCUCAUUAAGUCUCUGGAGGAUUUCUUGGAAUACAGUAUAGUUCUACCCCCCUGUGACUCUCCUGAUGGGCAACUUCUGAAGGACCUGGUACCUGUGCAAAAGAACCUGCUCAGAAAGAGAUACCAGGUGGAAAAAGAGCUUGGGAGAAUCAAACCAGAAAUCCCUGAUGAACCACCCGAGGACCCCUUGCGUCGAACUGGAAAGAUAUUUGGGGGUCUUGCACGUGACAUACGCCGGAGAUAUCCCAAGUAUCUGAGUGACAUCACGGACGCCUUGAACCCCCAGUGUUUGGCAGCUGUCAUCUUCAUCUACUUUGCCGCCCUCUCCCCGGCUAUCACAUUUGGCGGGUUAAUGUCUGAGAAGACGAACAGAUGGAUGGGUGUAUCAGAACUGCUGGUAUCCACGGCUGUGCAAGGUGUUGUGUUCUGCAUUUUUGGAGCUCAGCCCCUUCUCAUCCUUGGAUUCUCUGGACCACUGCUUGUCUUUGAAGAGGCCUUUUAUAAUUUCUGCGAGAGCCAGGGAAUUGAGUACAUUGUGGGCCGAGUAUGGAUUGGAUUCUGGCUGAUCCUCAUUGUAAUUAUUGUAGUGGCCUUCGAGGGAAGUUUCCUUGUCCGGUUUAUCUCCAGAUUCACGCAGGAAAUAUUUUCCUUUUUAAUCUCACUUAUUUUUAUCUACGAGACCUUCGCUAAGCUGGUGACAAUCUUCAGUAAACAUCCCCUACAAGGUCAUUACAAUCAAACAACUGAGAUUGACCUCGCCAAGGCCCCUCAACCCAACACAGCUCUGCUGUCCCUAGUGUUGAUGUUCGGAGCUUUCUUAAUUGCAUUCUUCCUGCGUCAGUUCAAAAACAGCGGCUUCUUUCCUGGGAAGCUGCGUCGGAUCGUUGGAGAUUUUGGUGUGCCCAUUGCUAUUUUACUAAUGGUGGUGGCUGAUUACUUUAUUAAAGACACUUACACACAGAAACUCAGCCUUCCCAAGGGUCUCAGUGUUUCCAGACCUGAAAACCGUACCUGGUUUAUCCCACCCCUUGGAUUCAACACAGUUGACAAUCCCUUUCCUAUCUGGAUGAUGUUUGCCUCAGUAGUCCCCGCCCUGCUGGUCUUUAUCCUUAUUUUCAUGGAGUCUCAAAUAACCACGCUAAUUGUCAGUAAGCCAGAAAGGAAAACAAUAAAGGGCUCUGGCUUCCAUUUGGAUCUCCUCUUGAUUGUGGGCAUGGGAGGGGUAUGCGCACUUUUUGGGAUGCCCUGGCUUAGUGCCACCACAGUGCGUACUGUAACCCAUGCUAAUGCCCUCACAAUUACCAGCAAAGGGGAUAAACCUCAGAUAGAGCGGGUUAUCGAACAGCGGAUCAGUGGUUUUCUGGUGGCCAUCCUUGUUGGUGUGUCCAUCCUUAUGGAACCUAUUCUCACCCUCAUUCCCUUGGCUGUCCUAUUUGGGAUUUUCCUGUACAUGGGUGUGACCUCCCUAAAUGGAAUCCAGUUGUUCGAUCGCAUCUUACUCAUGCUAAAGCCACCAAAGUAUCACCCAAAUGUACCAUUUGUCACAAGGGUUAAGACCUGGCGCAUGCACAUCUUCACACUGAUUCAGACCCUGUGCCUGGCAGUAUUAUUUGCUGUGAUGUUUACCCCAGCUUCCCUGGCACUUCCCUUCAUCCUGAUCCUGACGGUGCCAGUCCGCAUGUUCCUCAUGCCCUUCAUCUUCAAUAAACUGGAACUCAAAUGUCUGGACUCUGAAGAUGCAUCUGUGAACCUGGAGGAGGAAGAAGGCCAGGAUGUCUAUAAUGAGGUCCAGAUGCCCAUUUAAAGGACCCAAAUAAUACUUAGAAUAUUACCUUUAACAGAAUGCCACCUUAAAUUGAGCCAAAUGUUAGUUGAGGGAAAAGGUUGCUCCAAUCUAUUGAUAGUAUAUAUAUGCUUUCAGCAAUGUAUUACCUCGAACCCUUCUGGGUUAUGUCGUUCUGCCUGGGAAAGUUAUAUAUAUCAAACCCUUAGCAACCAAUCCAGAUUUUUUUUUUAUUAUUAUUUUUAUUAUAACUGCCGUUGCCCAGUAAAGGCUAAGUACUGAUUGGUAGCUAUGGAUUACUGCUCCAGGGGCAAAACAACCCAUAAGGAACUUCAUAACCUCAUUUGAAAUGUUGCCAGUGCCUUCAAAAAAGGUAAUUAUGUAGCAUAAGUAAGGAUUUUUUCUACUUUUUUUUUUUGUUUGUUUGUUUUCAAUUGGCCCAGAAUAUUAAUCCCUACAAUGUCAUGAUAUUAGCAGUUUGUAACCAUAGUGCCACAUAUUGUUUUGCCUGGACAUUAAUGAUGCACAUGUCAUAGAUUCCUCCUCUGCCUGGCCUAACCCAAACUUGAUGCACUGCACCGCUUUAUAUACCUGUGCCUUCCAAAUCUUUGAUGUCCUUGGAGUAUAUAAGUAUGCACUGCCCUAUGAUUCAUGGGGCUGGGACACUGUGGAGAAAUCAAACCUACCACUGGGGGCAAUUGGCCAGGCCAAACCCUCUCUCCCUGCUUUAGUAAACUGCUAAUAUCUUAUAUGUAAAACUAAAGCACCGCCUGCUGUUUGGCCCAGGUAAGGGUCAGAAGAAACAGAAAAAGUUGAAUUGACUAAAGGAAGAAGCAUCGCCUGGCGCUUCCCUGCUCAGUUUAAUCACUCCUACCACAAAUUGGAACUGAGCAGGGAAAUGGCAAGAGAUGCUUCCUCCUUUAGCAAAUUCAGCUUCUGCUGCUUUGCCUGUGCCUUGCUGUGAAAAGUGCUAAUAUCAUGAAAUCUACAAAAAGAAUUUAGUAUAAAUUGCAAAAGUGCAAAGAACAGAACUCUCAGCAAUUUUAAAUUAGAUUAAAUGGUAGGAUAUGUCUCCUUUAAAAUGCUAACAUUUCCAGAUCAUUCCUCUUUUAUUUCUAUGCUUUAUUUUUUAUGAUGUGUGCUUGAUCUACCCCUUGUAAAUAUACCUCAAAUCGUAUAUAUUGUGCUAGAAUCUAAUAUAUUUUAAACAAAGCUAAAAAAAAUUGCAAAUAUAAUUAUAUCUAUAAAUCUAUUUAACAGAUUUUUUUUUAUUAUAAAUCACUGCUAUUUUUGAAGGGAUAUCCAAAAAAAAGUACAGAGGUUUUUUUAAAAUUUGGCUUAUGAAUUCAUGAACGACAUGAAAAGUUUUAGGAUUAUCAUUACUAGCAUUUAAGUGUCAGAGUUGCGCUUUGCAAUAAUGGAUUUUUUUAGACAUUCUUCAAUGUAAUAUUUUAUACAAUGAAUAAAAUCCCUUUUUGAAAUA